AUGAGGCUGGUGGUGCGCGUCAUCGAGGCGCGGGGCCUCCCGCCCGCGGACGCCGACGGGACGCGGGACCCCUACGCCAAGGCGCAGCUCGGCAAGCAGCGGGCCAAGACCAAGGUGGUGCGCAAGACGCUCUGCCCCGCCUGGGACGACGAGUUCGCCUUCCGGGUCGGGGACCUCAGGGACAACCUCCUCGUCUCCGUGCUCCACGAGGACCGCUACUUCGCUGACGACGUCCUCGGCCAGGUCAAGGUGCCCCUCACCGCCGUGCUCGACGCCGACAACCGCACGCUCGGGACGCAAUGGUACCAGCUGCAGCCCAAGAGCAAGAAGUCCAAGCUCAAGGAUUGCGGAGAAAUUCGUCUCAGCGUUUCUCUGGCUCAAAACUACUCUGAAGAGACAACGGCACUUGCGCAUUGGGCCUCAGAUGACCUUGCAUCAAAUUCAGACAAAUCAACUGAACUGGUGAAAGGAUCUUCUUUGCCGAAUAUUGCUAUAGAAGUAUCCACAGCAGUACCAGAGAUCGAUGAGAUAGAAGUUGCCAAGGAGGAUAAAUCAAGCACUGCUCCAUCAUUUGUCAACAGGCUAUAUCAAAUGUUUAAUAGUAAACCAAAAGAUGCAGAAGCUUCUGCUCCACCUCCCUCCAAGCUGAACGACACUUCAGAUAUCACGGAAGAAACGAUGUCGACCAGCUCUGAAGCUCCCGAGAAGCAGGAUCAUGAUGCCAGUGCAACUAUGACCUUUGAUGAGCUACUGAAGGCCUUCGGUUCUCAGCAUGAGGGGAAAGAAAUGCCUGAAAAUUUGUCGGGUGGAGUUGUUCUUGAUCAAGUUUAUGCUGUUGCACCGAAUGACUUGAACACGCUUCUUUUCUCUCCAAGUUCAGACUUUCUGCAAUCACUUGCAGAGAUUCAAGGAACUACAGGUCUUGAAGUUCAACAAUGGCGACUUGAAAAUGACGGUGAAAUCCUGAGGAGAGUGGUAGGCUACACAAAAGCUCCUACUAAACUAGUUAAGGCUGUGAAAGCAACAGAGGACAUGACAUAUUUGAAGGCAGAUGGAGAGAUGUUUGCAGUUUUUGCAGAUGUUAGUACUCCUGAUGUUCCUUUUGGCAAUACUUUCAGAGUGGAGGUUUUGACCUGUAUAAUGCCAGGACCUGAACUACCAGAUGACGAAAAAUCUUCACAUCUUAUGGUCUCUUGGCGCGUAAAUUUUGUCCAAAGUACCAUGAUGAAGAGCAUGAUUGAAAAUGGAGCAAAACAAGGCUUGAAGGAUAACUAUGUUCAGUUCUCUGAGCUGCUGGCUAAAUAUUUUAGGCCGGUUGAUGCAAAAGAUACAACAGCCAGUAAUGAAGUCCUUUCUUCUGUGCAACCAGAGCAAGAAUCUGACUGGAAGCUAGCAUUUCGAAUAUUUGGAAAUUUCGCACUUUUGUCCUCAGUUUUUGCAUUUGUUUAUGUUUCUGCCCACAUCAUCCUUGCAAGCCCUAGUACAAUUCGAGGUCUUGAGUUCCCAGGCCUGGACUUGCCAGAUUCUGCUGGUGAAGUUGUAGUUUGUGGAGUCCUUGUUCUGCAAGGACAGCGUGUGCUAAAUAUGAUUGCACGAUUCAUCCAGGCGAAGAGGCAAAGAGGUGAUCAUGGAGUCAAAGCACAAGGGGAUGGCUGGUUGCUGACUGUUGCUCUGAUGGAGGGAACCAACUUGGCAGCAACCAAAUCAUCUGGUUACUCUGAUCCGUAUGUUGUAUUUACAUGCAAUGGGAAGACAAAGACAAGUUCGAUUAAGUUUCAUACCCUUGAGCCUCAGUGGAAUGAAAUUUUUGAAUUUGAUGCCAUGGAAGAUCCUCCGUCAGUGAUGGAAAUACAUGUGUAUGAUUUCGAUGGACCCUUCGACGAAGUUGCCUCCCUUGGUCAUGCUGAAGUGAAUUUCUUGAAAUAUAAUAAUAUAUCUGAGCUUGCUGACUUUUGGAUUCCUCUGAAAGGAAAGCUGGCUCAAGCAUGUCAGUCAAAAUUGCAUCUAAGAAUCUUCUUAAAUAAUACAAGGGGUACUGAAGUUGUGAAGGAUUACCUGGACAAAAUGGAGAAAGAAGUUGGCAAAAAGAUUGCUAUGAGGUCUCCUCACACAAACUUAGCAUUCCAGAAAAUCUUUUCUUUGCCACCAGAUGAAUUUCUUAUCAAUGAUUUUACUUGUUACUUAAAGAGGAAAAUGCUAACACAGGGUCGUCUUUUUCUAUCUCCAAGAAUAUUUGGGUUUUACACAAAUCUUUUUGGCCACAAAACAAAAUUCUUCUUUCUUUGGGAAGAUAUUGAAGACAUCCUACUGGUCCCUGCGACACUAUCUUCAAUGGGAAGUCCAUCUCUGGUGAUUAUUCUUCGAAAGGGCAGAGGAAUGGAUGCAAAGCAUGGAGCAAAGCAACUGGACAGUCAAGGGAGACUAAAGUUUCAUUUCCAGUCUUUUGUCUCAUUCAAUGUGGCGCAUAAAACAAUAAUGGCACUGUGGAAGGCAAGGUCCUUGACCCCUGAACAAAAGGUACAGCUUGUAGAAGAGGAAUCAGAAACAGAAGACUUCCAAAAUGAGGAAGGAGAAUCUUUCUUAGGGAUAGAGGAUGCCAAAAUGUCAGGAGUGUUUUCAUCUACAAAACCUUUUGAUGUAUCAACACUCAUGGGCAUAUUUGAGGGUGGUCCUUUGGAGCGCCGGGUGAUGGAGAAAGUUGGCUGCAUGGAUUACUCUGUUACAGCAUGGGAACCUGUCAGAGCUGAUAUUUACCAGAGGCAAGUUCAUUAUAAGUUUGACAAGAAAUCAACACGGCAUGGAGGAGAAGCAAUGAGCACCCAGCAGAAGUCCCCUUUGCCUAAUAAGAAUGGCUGGCUUGUUGAAGAAAUGAUGACACUUGAAGGUAUCCCUGUUGGUGAAUGUUUCAAUCUCCAUAUUCGAUACCAACUGGAGAACAACGCACCCAAGCAGAAGACUUGCACUAUCCAGGUAUCUAUUGGCAUAGUAUGGUUAAAGAGCUGCAAGAACCGAAAGAAGAUCACACAGGAUAUAGCAACCAGUGCAUCUUCUCGCCUCAAGAAGAUAUUCAGCCAACUUGAGAAGGAAUCUAUACCAGCAAAGUAG